CCUCCCUCUUCCUUCCUCCCUCAGGCUCACUCACAGCCUCCUCCCCCCUCUGAUCACACCGGAUGACCACGGUUGGUUCAUCACCGACUCCCUCAGACAGACAUCGCAGAUCAGUGACUGCACGCGAGCGGGACCAGAGAAAUACUUGGACGUCAGCUAUGAACACCGGCGACGGCCGUUAGAGCCAAACGUAGCCGUGACACCGGAGCAGCGUCGAGGAUGAGCAGCACCUCAGCGUCCAGUGGGUCCACGGCCUCUUCCUGCCGUUUCGCCCACUAUUUUGUUGUGUGUGGCGUGGACGCGGACACGGGCCUGGAGCCGAACGAUGAAGCAGGUGAAAGCUUUGAACAAAGCCCCAUUCGACGAUCCUUCAAGUCCAAGGUUCUGGUGCACUACCCCGAAAACACGGACAAAAACCCUUUUAAUAAAACUGCUAUCAACAUGCUCUGUAUGCCGCGGGGUCUGUCCUUCCGCACUCAGGCAGACAAACUGGAUUCUCAGUUUCACUCCUUCACAUUUUCCCCCGAUGAUGGUUCACGCACCUACGGCUUUGUCCACACGUUCUACGAGGAGGUGACGGACCCUAAUAUCAUUACCGCUAUGCAGACUCUCUGUCAAAUGCACCACGUGGAGCACCAGUCCUCCUCCUCUGCCUCCUCUCCCUCUUGCUCAACAUCAUCUUCCACCUCACCCUGCUCCUCCAGCAUGGACUCUCUUGUGAGCAGUUUGGAAGAAUCAGAUGUUGAGUCUUUGGCUGGAAUCCCUGGUUGCCUGGGCUGCGUAGGCUCUUUUGACCUAGUGCGUGACAAGCUGUAUGUGUCCAAAGCCCUCUGCCUCCUGACGCCACUCCCGUUCCUUCAGGCUUCGCGACAGUUCCUCUCUCAGCUUCACCAAGCUGUGACAUCACACGUUGCUCCACCUCUUCCUCUGGAGAGCUACAUCCAUAAUGUCCUUUACGAGGUUCCGUUGCCUCCACCUGGCAAGUCACUCAGAUUCCAUGGUGUUCAACGCCCGAUCAUGUGCCAGCGCCCUGGUCCGGGAGAACUUCCUCUGGCAGAGUAUUCUCUGGGAGAAGCCUUCUCCCUCCUGGGUGUCAGCAACAUGGUUCAACUGCUGACUUGUGCUUUUUUGGAGACACAGCUACUAUUGUUCUCUCAAGACUACCAGCGGUUGAUGACAGUGGCGGAGUGCGUCACCACACUACUGUUUCCGUUCCAGUGGCAGCACAUCUACCUGCCUAUUGUCUCUGGGCCAUUGUUCCAUCUCCUGGACGCACCAGUGCCCUUCCUGAUGGGGCUUCAGCGCAGAGAUGGGAUGCAGCGCUCUUCUAUUCACCUUCCACAUGAGGCAAACCUGUGUUUUGUAGACAUUGACAACCAGUGCAUUGAAGUCCCAGAAGAUCUGCCUUUGUUUCCAGACCAAACUGAGCUCAUCCAGGAACUGAGUGAGGUUCUACAAAAAUUUGGAUUUUUUACCACCAAACCUAAAACCAUCACCACCUCCAUCUCUCCCUGCAAGGAAGAUCUGGUCCUUGAGGAUUUGAUGGAGGACAGAAGAAAUGGAAACCUUGGAGGAGAGGAGCUGGCAGUUUUGGAAAGGCUACAAGCUCUUGCACGAGGCUGUGGUGGAGGCCCAGUGUCAGACGGUGAGAAGACGCUGAGACGUGUGUUUGAAGAGCAGGAGGAAAUGCUGAGGGCUGCUAAACUGAACAUUCACCUGAGGGAGGUGUUUGCCGGACGUCUAGCCACAAUGUUCGGAAGGUACGAGGAGUUCGUCAUUCAUACCGCUUUGGAUCUGGACUCUUGGCUAAGCAACAGAGAGGGGAUGUUGAGCUUCGAUAAGGGCUCCUUCCUCUCGGUUCAACCUACAACCCACUUGCGUUUCUUAUCUCGGUUCGUGGAAACAUCCAUGUUUUCAUCUUUCGUGGAGGGAAAAGUAAUAUCAUGCUGGGCCGACAGAGAUCCACUGCAGCAGAUGUUUGACGAUCGGCUGGAAAAAGAGCGGCUGUGUGAGACAGACAAGGAUUCACAGAACUGUCACCCCAGGAGAAAUUUCACACUCUGUGAUUCAGCCCAGGCAACUGAGUGCCGACUGCUGAAGGCUGACCACACAGCGAUACACCCCCACCUGCUGGACAUGAGGAUUGGCCAGGGUCGCCACCACCCUGGACACUUCCCCAGACUACAGGCUGAUGUGCUCGCACAAGGACAAAACACCAACAAACGGUCGAGUCGUGUGACAGCGUCGCGCAAGGCUGAGCCUAGAAGAUCAACGACAAAUGAUCACUCAGGAGCAGACACUGGACAGAGACAAAAGCACACAUUCACAAGGAACCACCUUCACCAGUCCACGCUACUCGACCCGUCACCACAAGCUGUCUCUCAGACUCACAGAGAGUUUGUUGACGUGUUGUUGAGCGAGUGCCGCCUGAAGACUAAACGGAUGCUGAUGGAGAGGAUGGGGAAAGAAAGUGUGGAGCUCGGCCCGGGAGAGGCCAACAUCACGGGUCUGCAGGAGAACACCCUCAUUCAUGGCUUGUGUGACUUACUGGAGAGAACCUGGGGUCAUGGUCUGCAGCUUAAACAGGGGAAGUCUGCUCUCUGGUCCCAUCUCCUACACUACCAGACAGCCCAGGGGAAGACGGAGGUGCCAGCAGAGUCUUCAGGAUCAGAGCAGAAAACAGACGAUGAAGGUGCGCUGCCCAUGAAAGGAUUCUUAAUAGAGGAUAUGAGGUUUAUUCAGACCAUGAGUAAAGGGAUGUCUGAGUUGGCUCAGGCCCGAGCCUGGAUUCAUCUGGGCCUGGAGAAGAAGUCACUUUCCCAGCACCUGAAAGAACUCCUAUCAAACCAGAAACUGCUCAAGCAGCUGUAUAAGCCGCAUGCUUUCUUGCUGUGUGAGGAAGAGAGGGAGCAGUUUUUGUUCCACUUGCUAUCUCUCAACACUGUGGAUUACCUCUGUUUUACUCACAUCUUUACCUCCAUCAGUAUUCCAUACCGUGUUGUGAUUAUUCCCAUGAAGAAGCUGAGCAUUGCCAUGGCAACUGUUAACCCCUGGGUGUGUGUGUCAGGAGAACUGGGGGAUUCAGGAAUAAGACAAAUGCCAAAAAACACACAAGAGAUGUUUUUCCAGUGCAAGAACCUGGGCAGACUGAGCACUCUGCAGCUGGGGCAGGAAAACUCUGGUUUGCUGGCCAAGUGUCUGAUUGACUGUGUGAUGGUGUACAAUGAGAUCACUGGACACACCUACAGAUUUCCCUGUGGUCGAUGGCUGGGGAAAGGUGUGGGUGACGGAAGCUUGGAAAGAGUUCUCAUUGGUCAACUGGUGACACCUGGCGCAGAGGAGGACUCAGGGAGGUGGUCAGCAACACCUCCAGAACUGGCCUCUCCGUCUCAGGGUGUACGGACAAUGCUGGGAUCACUCAGCUGCCGAGGCAGACUGCUGUCUGUUGAGGUACAAGAGAGCAUGAGGGAGGCAGCCAAUAAUCUGGUUAAACACUUCCACAAGCCUGAACAAGAGAGAGGAAACCUGACGGUCUUGUUGUGUGGUGAAGGAGGGCUGGUGCUGUCUUUGGAAAGUUUUCUCCAGCAUGGCUUCAAAUCUAACCGACUUUUCCAAAGAAAUGUGUUUGUUUGGGACUUUAUUGAGAAGGCCGUGGUUUUCUUGGAGGUUGAUCAGAUGAGUGACCUGCAGGAUUCAGCAAUCAUAAAGGCUCCUGCAUGCGUCUCACUGUGUCACUACGUCAAUGCCAUCAACGCCUCGCCAAGGAACAUUGGAAAGGAGGGGAAAUUUCAGCUGUUUGUCUGCCUGGGAAUCAGGGACCGGCUUCUGUCUCAGUGGCUCCCCCUCUUGGCGGAGUGUCCACUGACGGCUCGGACUUAUGAGGAGGGUGCUCUGCUGAGGGAGGGUGCAGCUGUGCACUCCCUGACCCGCAUCCUUCACACACUAAAUGACUUCACCAUCACCCUGGAGACGGCGCUGAUCAAAGGGGUUGAUCUCUGACACACUCUGACACUCUGACAUACUCUGAAAAAACACAACUUCAACGCUGAAACAUUCAGCUCUCUCUACAUUUACACAGGCGCAAAUUAUCAACUGAUCAUAGAAAGUAAAAAGUACAGUGACUGAAGCAUUGUCAACUGUAAACAUAUCACCUUGUUCAUGACUGUAAGAAUCAAACAUAAUUUCUUUUAGGUUUAGAAGACACAGUCUGAUGUUUGUGAAGCAUCAACACCAUUACAAUAAUUUCCACGAGGGACAAAAAUUAAUCUAUUCACCCUAUCUGAAUAUUUUCUCCACUUAGAUCUUUUCUUGUACCUGACGCUUUGUCAAGUUCAUCUCGCCUAAUACUACUGCAUUGCUUGCACUUGAACUUCACACAAACACAUGCAUGGUCAAAAUCAUUUUUGUUUGUUUUCUGUCAGAUGUUAAAAAAAAUAAUGUGAACGUAUAAAUAAUACUCUGGUAAUAAGUUACAAAAAUGUUUAGUUACCCCACUCUUUCUGUGGAGUUUCUGGCCUGGAACAUUCUUUUGUUCUUUGGAAUCACACACUGCAGAGGGUUCUAUAUGUAUAAUUUAAACGCUGUGCUUCUCCUUCCCCUCCCUUUCCACCACUGUAAAUAUUAUGCUUCAUUAGAUCUUUGAUAGAGUUGUGACCCUCUGUUCUCAUAGCAUACCUACUGUAUAUGUCAUAUUUGUCAGCAUGAUGUUUUUUGUUGUUGUUGUUACUUUGCUACACAAUAGAUUCCUUUACUGAUUCACUUCAUUGACUUUAACUGAUAAUCACCUUGGCUUUUUGGAAAGUUGUCUUAUUGUCUUUGCAAAACAUGACAGCACAGCACAGACUCUUAAAAAUAAAAGAUAUUAUGUUUAUUCCCAAAUAACGGUUCAUAUGUUUCCUUUACUCUCCCGUGAAAUUCACCAAGCCUUUGUUAAUAUUUAGGAACAGUUUAGAGAAAGCAAUAAAGAGUUGUUAUUUAUGAAAUGUGUCAUUAAAUAUGAAAUGAUUAUGA